AUGAGGAAGCCUUGCCAACCACACGAGUUGUUGGAGCAGGAGCUCAGCAUGCUGUUGAAAAAUCAGAAAAAGGGCGAUGAGGCAGAAACCCCUGAAGAUGAUUCAGCUAAAGAAAUCAAGAACCGUGUUCGUACCAUCAAGAACCGUCUCGCUGCCAAGAAGUCAAGGGAUCAAGCACGGUCGUACGUGCAGCGGCUAGAAUCGAACCUGACCGCGGUUGUGUCGCACAACGAGGCCUUGUUGCAGCGUAUCGCCGUGGCUGAAGGCGAGAUCGAGCGUCUCAGGUCGGAAAACAAUGCAUUGAAGCAUAGGGUCACUGAGCUGAUGAGCGAUCCUAACAACGCGUCCAAGAAGCUUGGUCCGGAUUCUCGCUCUGCGCCUUCGUCCUCUUGGAUUCCAGGGCGUGGCAAAGCAGACUGCAACGCAGAUGCCUUCUCCAAGUGCAUGGACAGGAAGAGGAGCAGCUGCUACAUUGAGGACUAUACCCGAUACGAUUUUCUUGACAUUCGACCAGAGACGAUGACGCUUGAGGAGUGGAGGAAGGAGAAGCGAAGGAGGCAGAACCGAGAGGCUCAGCGUCGCCACAGAGAGCGAAGGCUUUGUGUUCAUGGCAAGGAUGUCCAAGCCAAGCAGGAGGAACAAUCUGAUGCACAGUCACCCCUUUCGUCAAUCGAGAUAACCAACAGCGAAGAGCAGACCCCCUCCAACGCGCAGGCCGAAGUCAAGCCUGAACCUGGCUCAUCACAAGCCGUCAACGAGGAGAAGCCAGAAGUGCAAAUAGCGCAGGAUCGCUUAGCUACAGAAGAUAUGUCAGGAUUCUCUUUGCUGAUUCCAGACGCCAGCGCGAACGACAACUCAGUGUACUUAGAAGCGCUGCAGGAGACAUGCGACGCAAGCUCUAUGGAUCUGGCAAACUUUCCUACUGCUCUUUCUAGGAGCGGAUCUUUGAGCUCUUCGUUGUGGGCAAGGAAUGACUUCCUUGCUGCGAGUGCGAAGGAUGUCGAGGACAUCUUUCAGGACGAUGUAUCAAACUUUGACGAAGUUUGUUGUUAG